GACGCUUCCGGUUCCGUGCUUUUCUGGUCAUACGGCCCAUGGAAUCCCUGACAGCCACACCCAGCAGCCUGUCAGGAGAGAGCUGUACUUUGGAUCUACCAAUGGUGUGUGACAGCGGAGGCUAUGAAGCAUCCCAGAGAGCCAGCCAGGGAAGCACCAGCAACUCUCUGAGGUGUCUGGAACCCCAUCCUUUCCCUUCUUCGACUGAUGAUCCAGAUAGCAGUUCUCUAAAUACUGAGAAAAAAGGCUCCUGGGACUCUGAGAACUUCUGGCUUGAUCCUUCUUCGAAAGGCCAGUUGGAGACUAAUGAAGAGGAGGAUGGACUUCGAAAAUCCCUGGAUAGAUUCUAUGAAGCAUUUGCCCAUCCAUUGCCAGGUUCUGGGGAUCUGCUCUCUGCACCUGUGUGUCAGUCCCUGUCUCAGACAAUCUCUGAGCUUGAGGGCCAGGAGAGCCAAAAGUAUGCCCUCCGCAGUUUCCAGAUGGCCCGGGUCAUCUUCAACCGGGAUGGCUGCUCUAUCUUACAGCGGCAUUCCAGGGACACCCGAUUCUACCCACUAGAGCAAGAAGGCAGCUCUGUGGAUGAUGAAGAGCCCACCCCAGGACUGUCAAGAGAGGUCAUUCAUUUUCUCUUGGAGCAGACUGUAAUGAAAGACUUGUAGCCAGUGUUGAUGUGAAAGCAGGCAAUGCUGGAGAGGAAGUGCUGUCGCCUGGUCCCCAGAGUCCAAGGGGAGGUGGGAAGGGAGUUCCUUUGGCAUCUUUCUGUUUCCAGCCAUUAGCCAUAAGCUUUGCAGGUAGAGGCUAGCAUCAGCAACCUCUUAGUGUGCUACCUCCUGCUCACCUUGGCCAAGGCUGCUACUGACUCAACUAGGGUUGAGUCGUAGCCCAGCUUCUUGUCUUAGUCUGCACUCCUGAGUGCUCUCUUGGGGACCUGGCCAGAGCUGGGACUUUGGCAGGAAAUCACUACCCUGCUUGGCUUCAUCCCUUCCCCCACUCACCUACUGAUGUCUCUAGGGCCUUUUCUUUUCUUUUCUUCUCUUCUC